GAGGUGUUUUUUCACACCCCUAAGCGCGAAAGUUGCAGCGCAGUAAAGCGCCAGUGUAGCCAUGGCCGGAUUGUGCCCAUGCUUCUCACAUUAGCAUUUGGAGAGACAGAGGAAACAAUAGGAAGCCUGCUGAGGAAAGGACUUGGGGCUAUGUCUGCACUACAUGGGCACAGCUACACCAGUGCAGUGCCAUAGCAUAGACACUUCCUCCCAGUCAACAUAACCAUUCUCUUCUCAGCCUAGCUGUGUCUGCAGUGGGAGUUAGUUUGGCAUAGCUACAGCACUAAGGGGUGUGAGAUUUGUAAACCUCUGAGCCAUGUAACUAUGUCAAUCUAAAUGUCAGGUGUAGAGCAGGCCUGACACCAAAUGAGAGAGUGAAUAGGAGCAGCAGAGAGUGAGGAGGAAAUGUUUGUACAGCAUGUAAAGUAUAAAGGUUAAGUAACUAAAUAUUAUAAGGGUGAGAAUUAGGGAUGGAAGAAGGGAGCAUUAGAGGAGAUUAGAGUAGAAAAUGAGCAAAAGACAAUUUCACAAUAUAGAACAGAACUCAGAAGGAAGGAGGACAAUUAAUCUGCAUUGCUCCAGAAUCUUAAAAGCUGGGCCUCCAGCUACAGAGCUGAAAAUUCAGUGAUGUUGGGAUGUGACAAAAGAUUGAAGCAUAGAUACUGUUUCCUAUCAUUCUAACAUAUUCCUUUUCUGUAUAUCAGGGUCCAGAUUUAUUUUGAAAUGGGAGAGGAUUUGUGGUGAAGGGAGGUCUGGGUGUUACAUGGCUGCAUAGGGACCCUUUACACUGCUCUUCCCACAUUAUAAAUGCUCCUGUGCAAGCUUCCCAAACUGCACCAAAAUAGACUGUACUAGCUGUCAGUUUUUCAGUCUGAAAAUCGAGUCUCUCACACUCACCAACAUGCUCCAUAAGAACAGCUCCAGGGAGUAUUUAUUUUGGCUGAGGCACUGGUGAGCAUGUUCAGAGAUUUAAUGAAGUUGACAGAAACAACAGACUGCAGCCACUGUGUACCAGCGCCCAGAGUGAGUGAGGAAUGACCCCAAAACAGGUCACAUGACAAUCUAAAUCCAAUCACUGUUUGGCUCAGAUGGUCUUUGUAAAACUCAAAGGGCUUCCUCCAACCCCCAUAUACCUUAGAGGUUAUUUUCUGGUGCUCACAUCACCAUAGUAUCAACACCCAUGUUGGCAGCAUGUGUGAUUUCAAGUGCUUGAUACAUAAAUUUGUCCCAUUCCCCAGAUUUCUGACAUUUGGAUCUCUCUCUCAUCUGGGUUUGGAUCCCAAGCUGCCUGGGUUGUGAGAGCCGAUAAGGCCACAGCAUUAGAAGAUACUGGCUGAAGGACAGUUCAGCAUAUGGAGUCUAUUCCGAGAAUUACAGCAGACUUCUCUGGAGGGAGAGAAAUCAAAACACAUGUUUUUCAAAAGUGCUGGAAUGGCCUGAUUAGCAGAAAUUACAAAUGGUCUGGAAGAGUUAAAAAGCAGCACAGUAAUUUGAACAGCCAGACAUCAUCCAAAACCCUUCAGGAAUUGUUCUUCUCCCCAGAGAUUUCAUGUUCCCGGCAAUCUCUGUACAAAGCUGUCAGCUUUAAGUGGGCUGAGAGACAAUAUUGGCAUUGGCAUGUUCCCAGUACAAAAAUAAGUGGAGAAACUGACAUACAAGUGAAGUCCCAUUUAAAGCAUCAUAUGGAGCAUCGCCUUGCUCGAAGGCUGAAGCAGCCUGUUGGAUGUCAGGCAACACUUCAGGAUGAAAGUCAAGCUGCCUUGGGAAAUACAGAGGCUUUUACUCUGAGGUCCAAAGAAAAAACUACAGAUCAGGCCAGAAGUCACCAUGCAAAUUCCAGUGCAUUUUCAGAUGGAUCUCAACAGAAGAAUAAAACCUGUUUAUCAGAAGAGGAGUUAUUCUUCAAAAGGCACACAACAGCAAUGCAGAGAGGGGUAAAUUUAAAUAACUGGGUCCUGCCAACAGAGAGAACAGAUGAAAUACCUCACUUGAAGAGCCUGGAGAUUAGUGAUGACAAGGGAAAUAGGGUGAUGACAAACUCAUUGAAAAGUGCUUUGUCAGAAACUGUUGCUUUAGCUGAAAAUGAGCAUUCCAGUCAGGAUAAUGGAGCAGAUAGACCUCUCUACAGUUUUCAUUGGGCAAAAGCAUGACAAUCCUGUCAUCCCAGAAAUCUUAUCAAAGGAGAACUUAGACAAUUAAAAGCAUAAAGCUGGUUGCAAUAAAGUUAAAGCAGAAUAUGCCAGGUAACGUACUGCAUGGUGGAUCAAAAGAGGCAGUUCUGACUGAGAAAAGAGAACAGGUAGAUGAUAAUCAGGCUGGUGUUACCCAAAAUAUUCUGAGAACUGACAAGUCAUCAAAAGAAGAGACAGUUGAGACUCACCCCAAUAAAGAACCAGAAUCAAAUAUUUCAGAUGAGCAGGAUUCUCCUAAUGCGUCUCCACUCAUACAGCAUAAACCUGCGGUCAAAUAUGAGAAAGAAAUGCAGCUUCAUAAUCAGUGGUACAAACUGGAUGAAAAUUUUGACCCAAGUGUUUACAGGCUUCUACCUAUCAGCACCUUUUGCCAGGAUAUUUUCAGCAAGGAUCUUGUAUGCAAAAAACAAGCUAAGAGCAAAUGGCUGAGUUCUUUCCAGAAACUGCAUAAGAUAUUUCAGGAAUAUGCUCCAGUUGCUCUCAGCCAAGAAACCGCCACCACACUACUUAAAAACAGCUUUGUCACACUAAUAGGAGGUGAGUGUUAGCUGGGGAAAGGAUGGAAUCAACCCCAUCAGCAACAGAUCCCAUGCCUACUAUUUUGAACACCUGUGCAGUGACUUUCAGAAAAUUUGUCAUCACCCACUUCAACAGAUGACCUGUUCAAAGAAUUUCCCUGAGGGGCUGGAUGCAAGGAAAAGAAAGCAAGUAUAUAGAGCUUAUAGUGAAGAAGAGAUUCUGGAGCACGUCCAGCAUUGUCAAGCACUGAAUUUGAAGUGCUGAUUAAGGAGUUUGCCUUGUUGCUGGAAUUUGCUACAGAGGCGAAAGCACUGUUGAUAAGUCUGGAUGGUGUAGAUGAGUUGUCAGAGGAGUAUGGAGCUGACUUUUCCUGGAUACUCACUGAGCUACCUGAAAAUGUCUAUUUUAUUGUUUCUACAUCUACAGAAUCAAACUGCUCAUCUUUGAAAACACUGCAAGUAAAAUAAUGCAUCUAAUAAUGAAUUUAAUGGUGUUAAUAUUUAGCAUGUGAUACUUGUUUUUAAAUUUUUGUUUUACGUAUUUUUUUUUUAUUAAGGGAAUAAUGAGAUGUGGUUAUAAUUGUUUGAA